GGUGAUGAUCAAGUAUGACAGGUUCCUCAGAGAUGGAGACAAACAAACAAACUGAGGAAUCUAAUAAUAUUUCAAAUAAUGUUGGAAAAUCUGAAAGUUCAGAUUCAAUAGAGGUGGAUAAUUCACGUACAGUUCUAUUAAAAAUAGCAACAUUAUAUGCAGAACGUCUUAUGAAUGAUAUUUGUCUUGUUGUUAAUGGUAUAGAAUAUCCAGCACAUCGCCUUAUACUUUGUGCUUCUAGUGAUGUUUUCCAAGUAAUGUUAAUGAGUCCACAGUGGAGUGAGUCUCAAGAAAGUAGAGUAACCCUCCAAGAAACACCACAAUGUGUACCUAUAUUUAGUGAGUUUUUGCGGUACUUUUAUACUGGUCAAAUAAAAAUUAAUUAUAGUGUCGUUUUACCGAUAUUAUCGUUAGCUGAUAAGUAUAACGUUAAGGAUUUAAUAUCAUUGUGCCUUGAUUAUAUGCAAAAUCAUAUUGCGUUAGCUGCCAUACACGACACUCUAGUAUCAUGGUUACAAUAUACUUCGAAUUGCGGUCAUCACAAUAUUACUCAAGCGUGUCAAAAUUUUAUUAAGUGGAAUUUAGAUUUAGUGGCUAAAACUGCAGAUUUUGGAAACUUUGAUUUAGAUAUCUUAGUAUCGUUACUACAUCAAAGCAGUUUAGUGAUAAAGGAUGAAAUGACAUUGUACAGAUGUCUAGAGUCUUGGUUAGAUCAUCAGGUAAAUCGAUUGAAAACUCAAUUGUCCGACGAUGAAUUAGAAGCUACGUUAGAACAAUUGGUAAUAGCUGUCAUGACUCCUGUUAGAUUUCCAAUGAUGUCUCCUCGACAGUUAGCGGAAUUGCUUUUAUUUCCUUUAACGAAAAAAUAUAAAGAAUUUUUUGUAGAACGCAUGUCCAUAGGAAUGUCAUUUCAUUCUGGAAGGUUAGAUAGAGUUAAAGAAGUGAGUUUGAAUGAAGAAGAUGGUGCGUUACUCUUUGAGCCAAGAUUGUACACUGUAGAUACAUGUAGUUCUCUACUUACCAUAGAAAAUUUUCAUAGUUUACCUCCUUACCACACAAGGACACUUGUGUUCUCCAGCCACUCCUGUCUAGCGGAGUAUGCUGGCGACCGUGCGUGUGAAUGGGUCGUGGAUAUUUAUCCUAAAGGUGUGUGGUUUAAGAAAUUUUUCUUAAUAGUAUGGCAAGGAACUGUGGAAAUGCCAGAACAUGUGAAACGUUUGGUUAGAUUAUCACUAACUUGUAAAGACCCGCCUGUAAAUAGUGAUACCGAUAUGCGAGUAAAGAUAGGUGUUUUAAUAUAUGGUCUGCAAGAUGGUGUUGAGCAUAUCGCUAGAGUGACAGAAAUUAUUCACAGAUUUAGUGAAGAAGAACGUAUUCUUAAUUUGGAUGAUCUCUUGCCGUUUGAAGAACUUAAUCCACAGCUGGCUUCUGUAUCGGAAAAUCCGUCUCCGUUUCUAGUAGGUCCAAAGAAAGAUAUGCUCAAAUUGCACAUUGUUAUAUCACCAGCUAACUAGGACAGAUAGAUAUCUUAGUUUUCAUCAAAUAAAGUUUU